AAGGGAAUUCAACUUUUAGAGAAAAAUAAAAUGAAAUUAGUAACUUAGGCAAUAUAAUGCGUGUAAGGAGCUAAGCUUUCGUUUCGUGUGUGGAGGACGGCCUACCCACUUAUUCUCUUCUUUUCUCUCUCUUUGUUUUUCUCUCUCAUUUAUUUUCUUUCUUUCUUUCUCCUUUCUCGUAUGAUCAUACGAGGAAGAUGAUUACAAACAAAACACAAAAUUAUGAAUGCUGCAUGUGUGGAGACCAUGGUCUUGCUCAUGAACUCUUUCGUUGCAAAGUUUGUCAUUUCAGAUCUCAACACAGGUAUUGUAGCAAUUUAUAUCCAAAAGCAGAAUCAUAUAGAGUAUGUAAUUGGUGCCUAAUUCAGAAGGAAGAUCAUCAAGAGACUUUCACCUCCACUACCCCAACAUCAAAUAACACCAUUUCUUCCAACUCUCCUUCCUCACAAGAUCAUCAUCAUCACCUAACCAAGACUACAAUAACCAAGAUGAAGUCCAACAACCACCAUGUUGUUGGGCCGAAAGCGGGCGGUGUAGGGGCCAAGAGCUUGCAACCCACCAUCCCAAUCAAGAAGCCGGGUAGGUCACCGGAGGGUUCAUCACCUUCGGGCCGGAAAAGGAUGAAUGGGCCAGUAACACAAGAUCAAGAAAAGUUGAGGAGGACCAAGUCAGAAGAAAUAUCAAAUAAUAAUAAUAAUUCAAGUAGUAGUAGUAGAAGUAGUGGAAGAGCUGGUGGUCCAGCUGUUAUCAAACAUGUCUUUAGAAACAAGGUGAGAAGGUAUAAGCUUUUGGAUGAGGUCUCUAGUUGACAUUAACAUUAAUAUAUAUCAUCUAGCUACAUACCACAAUUUAUAUUUAUUAUGUGGGUGUUUUUAGGGUCUUUCUUUUUGUCUUAUUUUUGGUUUUUAUGGUCCCAAAUUAAAAUGCUUAGUAUGAUGUGAAAAGAAUUUUGAGGAAGUGAGGGUUAGUUCAAUGAAUGGAACACCUUAUAGUAUAUGUAUAUGUAUAUGUAUGGGAAUCCGAGUUUUGAGUUUUUCUAUAUCUAAACCAAAGGAUUCUAUAUUUUCA